UGAAAUGUUUGCUAUACUUUACUUUUUGAAAUGUAUUUUAAUUUCUGUUACACUUUUCCUUUAAAAAUACUCCAUUAUCCUUAUUUUUUCUGCUUUUUAUCCUCUUUCAUACUAUUAUACCAUCUCUCCUACUUUUUCUUUACCAUUCAUUAACCCGUAGUUCUUUUCCCUUAAAUAUUGUGUCACAUCCUAUUGUAGCAAACAUUUCAAUACAGAGGGAGUAUUAAAGGUCCGGUGCUACACAUUUACACAGAAUUAAACAAAUAUCACCUACAUUAGAUGUUCUUACAUAUUUGCCAAAUAAAAAACUAUCUGCUGAAGCCUUAUGACCAAGUAUGAUCGGAAUGUGAAGCGUAAAUGGUGAUUCCCAUCCUAUACACCUCCCUCCUAGCUAAAGCUUGCUAUAACAUGCAGAUGAUACACAACCAAAAGAACCCUCUAUUUUUCACACUUUGCCACUUUAAGUACUUUACCAGCCACACAUAAGUUCUUCAAAAAAAGUAUCUAUAAUUUUUAUAAAACUGAUCAACAAGUGUGUAUAUACAACGAAUACCAGAUUUAAUCUGAAGAAUGAAUUAGAACAUUUGUUGCGCGCCCCUCUAAUAGCUUCCCUGCUCGCAAGGUCUGAGUAUCAAAUCCAUUUGAACACCUUAUUUGUCUUUUUUUGAAUUUUAAGACCAAAACAGUGGCAAAACUACGUUCAAAUGCUACACGCUACUUUUUAGUGUUUUAUUUUAGGAAGAACUUUUUAGUGUUCAGUUAGCAGGUUUUUUUGUUUACCAAAGCAAUGCAGUGACUACUUUUUAGUUAGGAAAUUUUGUGUUUCUUUAUUUGCUCCCACCAAACUUAUUCAUUAACUAAUUUUGUAUAUGGUUGGGAUUAGGAUUACAAAUCCUACUAAUUGUUAAACAAUUAUUAUUAUGAAUAAUGACAUUUGUGUUAGCUAGAUUCAUAGUCAAUGGUGUCAAAUUACAUAGUACUCUCUCCGUCCCAUUUUGGUUGUCCUACUUUUCUUUUUGGGUUGUCCCAAAAUGAAUGUCUUGUUUCUUUUUUUGACAAGAAAUAUGUGGUGUUUAUCAUUUCAUUUUAUUUUACUCAAAUCUCAACCACAACUUUUACUUUUUAACCACUUUAUUAAUAAUCGUGCCAAAUUGAAAGUGGACAACCAAUAUGGGACGGAGGUAGUAUUUUAUAAAUGUUUUUAUAACCAGCAAAUACAAUAAUUGAUUAAUAUGAAUAUUAUCUUAGAAAUAAUACUCUAUAAUUUUUCACAUACGAGGCAUGUAUGUCACAUGAUAUUGAAUAUAUUUACUUUUCUCUUGUAAAUUAUAAAAUUAGUUAUACUUCUUCAUCAAAGUGACUUCUUUUUAGUUAGGAGAUUUUGUGUUUCUUUAUUUGCUCCCACCAAACUUAUUAAUUAACUAAUUUUGUAUAUGGUUGGGAUUAGGAUUACAAAUCCUACUUAUUAUUAAACAAUUAUUAUUAUGAAGGGAAAAUGUACAUAUAUACCCCUGUAAUAUAGGUGGAGGAACAAAUAUAUCCUUGUCUAUUUUUCGGAACAAAUAUACCCCUGAACUUUUAAAAAGGUGCAAAAAUAUCUCUCAUUCUUUAUAAAGGAGCAAAUUAAUCCUUAUUGACUUUAAAUUAAUAAAAUAAAUUUCAAAGAAGACCAAAAAUAAAUUUGUAAAUCGAAAUUAAAAAAUAAAAUAGAAAAUAAAAAUGUACUUGUUUCCCUUUGGAUGCAUUUAAAAGUUUGCUACACUUUCCUUUUGGAUGUAUUUUAAAGUUUGCUAUACUUUCUAUUUUUGGUAAGUUUUUCCCUUAAAAAUACUCAAUUACUCUUACUUUUCCUACUUUUGAUAUUCUCUUUCAUAUUUUUACACCUUCUCUUCUACUUUCUCUACAGUAUUAAUUACCCUUACUAUUUCACCCUUUGUUGUGCCCAGCCCUAUUGUAGACAACUUUAAAAUACGGAGUGAGUAUAGUACUAGUAAACUAAUUGUUAUCAACUUUUAUUUUUCAGUCUUUUUCUAAUGGUGCAUGAGCCGAUAAUUUCAAACUCGGUCAGCACCAUGUUGAUUUCGCAUUAGACUCAUAUAUUCAUAUCUAUACAAAUGUAAAAGCCGUUUCGAAUAUCUUUAAUUGGAUUUGUUUCAGUCAAAGGCAAGACCAAACAUAUACUCCGUAUAAAAUAGACCAGACCAGUUCGAAGUUUAACGAAUUAGGUCAAAUCAGCUCCAAUUUAGACAAUAGUAAAAUACACAUCUACAGAUGUUACCCAAGUCAUGCUUAAAUAGACCAUACCAAAAUAAAAAUCAAAAUUUUAAAUAUGCAACAUUAUUAUCACGUGGAAUACAUGGUAUCAUUUUUUAUUUUGAUAUAUUCUAGUUUAUUAUUUUGAAAAUCCAAACAAAAAUUGAAGAGUUAUCCGAGUAACAUUUUAUAAAGGCCUUUUUAUUCCAAUAUUACCAAAAUGAAUGAAAAAGAUAAAAAAGUGACAUGUUUUAAAUUUUUCUAAAAAUGUGACUAAAAGUCAUUUAUUCCAUAUAUUUAAUCAUAUAUUUAUUUUAUAAUAUUCCUUUUAUACAUUUGUAGCCACUAGCACCUCCGGACCACUGACCCCAGCACCACCACUGCCGCUGCCGCCGGCACCGCUGCCGCAGCAGCACCGCCGCCGCCGGCAGUCACUAUCUCAGUGACUCCGGCCAAAGUGACUCCGGCCACAGUGACUGCCGCCACAGUGACUGCCGCCAUAGUGACUCCGACGCCACAGUGACUCCGACGCCAGUCCAGUGACAGCCAUAAUUCCGUCCAGUGACUGCCGCCUCCCCUCGUCAGUAACCUCUGCCCGUCACAGUGACCCACCUCCCACCGGCCAUAUGGCCGCCGAAAAGUUUUCUAACGUCGCCCUCUCUCAUCCCCAGCCACCGCCGCUCCACCGUCCACUGCCGCUGCCCAUUCUCCGUCCACAACCGCCACCCCGUCCCCAGCCCCCUCCCCUGCCUUAGCUAUACACUCCAGAUCCCAACCCAACCCCUAGUCCCCUAUCCUUUCCCAGCCCCACCUUGAACAGUCAAGCUCAACCUUGACCACCUGCAAUUGAACCCUAGCCACCACCAUCCCCCAGAUCUGGCCGUUACUGUUCGUCAUCUUAGAUCUGACCAUCCAUCAGAGGCGAGGCGGACGAAGGCGGCCUGUGAGGCGAGGUGAGGUGAGGCAGCCUGUUCGAAGAGGCUGAGGCGAGGCUGAGGUGGAGGGCGCCUGUGUGGAGAGUGUGAGGCGCGACAAGGCUGAGGCGGAGGCGGCCUGUGCGGAGGUUCUGAGGCGCGGCGAGGCUGAGACGGAGGCGUCUUGUGCGGCGAGGUUGAGGCGAGUUGGAGGUGAGAAUGGCCAUUUGUUGCGUGCGAUUUGAAGCGCAGGGGAGGGGGAGAAGAAAAGGCAGAUUGCGUAGGGGAGGGGAGGAGACACGCGAGGAGGCUGAGUCACAUUUUUAGAAAAGGGGAAAAGGGUCAUACUUUUGUAAUUUGAAAAGUCAAAUGUCAUAUACGGGCAAUUAUUUCUUUUAUAAAUUAUACGGAGUAGUUACAUCAUGGUAGGGACCCCACGUCUCAGUUUUCUGGGUUGCUCUUAGCCAAAAUCCUGUUAAAACUUCUCACUAACAGCAUAAAGUUUCAAAAUGAAGAAAUGACUUGCAAGGGUAUUCCUUUUAGAUUUUAAUCAUACAUGAAUACGUCGUCAUUGCUUUCAUGUUGAAUUUCUAUGCAUGCAUAUAGUUUGAUUGUUUUUUUUUAUGAAACUAAACCCCUUCUGGAAUGUAGUACUAAACUUCUGCUCAUGCUUUGCAGAGAACUUGUAUGUUUUUGAAUGAGAGUUGAUAAACUUAACACUGCAUUAUAUUGAUAAACAUUGUAUUUACACACAUAAGCAACUAAAAAGCGUUACAUGAAUGCUGUAUUCCGAAAAAUUUGUCUUUAAGUUCUAAACUGGUAAAGAUAUAUCCAAAAUAAUGACUUGAAAGGGAGAAACCGACAAAUGUGGUCCUGUACUCUGGAUCAUCUCUCGUAGUUUCAUUAGUAUUGGUUUAAUUUCUUGUUUUUUAAAAUUACUGUGGUUUACCAAAAGAUGUAGAAAAGGAAGAAGGUUAGACUAGUAAUGGUAUAUUAGAUGUCGAAAAAUGAAGAAGGUUGUUGAAAUACAAACUAGAACAAUAUUUAAAAGAGUAGUAUUUUCUAUUUUAUUCAUUGAAGGGUCAAGUCCCUAUAAACAUAGAUCACAAAGUUAGAAUAUUCCUAUAAAGAUGCUAUACAAUAAUAUGCUAGAGUAUGUUCCUACUUCAUAAAAUAUUUUAAAGGGAAAUUUACCCAAAUAAGACUAAAUAACAAUAAAAUUGCAAAAAUAGGAGUCCCAAUUAAACAUGUGUCGCGUAGGACUAAAAAGAAACCAAACUUCCAAAAAUAACCUCCAGCCACGCAAAGAGAAUCGAAGCUACCGUUCCCACUUUCCACUUAGAAACUGACACGGAACUCGAGCGCGCCGAAAAUUGGUUUCCAAAGCAUCGAGGUAUUCAAAAUUAAACAAAGAGAUAUAAAUGCAAAGAGCAAUCUACUAGCUCGCGAAAAACUCUUCCGACGACGAAGUGGAACUAGAGCAUAGACAACGUUCUGUUCGAAGGUUGAACGAAAAUGGAAGCCUCUGAUUUCCAAAAUGACGACGAAAAGGAGGACUCUGAUUUCGAAUUGGACACGCGGAGUUCACUAGAGAUCAGAAUCAAUUCCAAAACGGUAUGUAUGAGUAGAAGAUUUAAUAUUCGUAAAAGCAUUUGAAUGCCAUAUAUAUUCCAUGAUAUCUCCUUGUUUCAUUUAAUCGGAUUGACAUUCAGUGUAUUAUAUAUGGAUUUCAUAAAAUGCAAGUUCACUAAUCAUUCAUGAAUACAAAUGCUAGAUAUCCGAAUUUGUCAUAUAGAUUUAUUAGGUUAAUGUUAUAUUGAUAAGUGAAUUCCACUUUACUGGAUUAUAUGAUGGAAUGCGAAUGCCAUAAGUAAAUGUGUUUGGAAGAUAGAUUUUGUUAGGUUGAUGUCAGAUAGAGAAAUAUGGAAUCUGAUGUGAGCAUUGUGUAGUGAAUCAUGACAUUUGAGAUUGUGCAAGUGAUGUGUACAUGGCAUAUUGGUGUGAUACUUUUUUUUUUGCAUAAAAUGUACUUGGAUUAGAAGUGAAUGCCACUUGUCUGGAUUAUAUGAUGGAAUGCGAAUGCCAUAAGUAAAUGUGUUAGGAAGAUAGAUUUUGUUAGGUUGAUGUUAGAUAGAGAAGUAUGAAAUCUGAUGUGAGCAUUGUGUAGUGAAUCAUGACAUUUGAGAUUGUGCAAGUGAUGUGUACAUGGCAUAUUGGUGUGCUAUUUUUGAUUUUAUUUUGCAUAAAACAUACUUGGAUUAUAAGUGAAUGCCACUUUCCUGGAUUAUAUGAUGGAAUGCGAAUGCCAUAAGUAAAUGUGUUUGGAAGAUAGAUUUUGUUAGGUUGAUGUUAGAUAGAGAAGUAUGGAAUCUGAUGUGAGCAUUGUGUAGUGAAUCAUGACAUUUGAGAUUGUCAAGUGAUGUGUACAUGGCAUAUUGGUGUGAUACUUUUUUUUUUUUUGCAUAAAAUGUACUUGGAUUAUAAGUGAAUGCCACUUGUCUGGAUUAUAUGAUGGAAUGCGAAUGCCAUAAGUAAAUGUGUUUGGAAGAUAGAUUUUGUUAGGUUGAUGUUAGAUAGAGAAGUAUGGAAUCUAAUGUGAGCAUUGUGCAGUGAAUCAUGACAUUUGAGAUUGUGCAAGUGAUGUGUACAUGGCAUAUUGGUGUGCUAUUUUUUUAUUUUUUUGCAUACAAUGUACUUGGAUUAUAAGUGAAUGCAACUUGCAUGGAUUAUAUAUAUGAUAGAAUACAAAUGCCAUAGGUAAAUGUAUUUGAAAGAUAGAUUUUGUUAGCUUGCUGUUAGAUAGAGAAGUCAAGAAUCUGAUGUGAACAUUUUGUUGUCAAUUUGGAAGUUAUAUGAAAGCCAGUAGGAUGCUAUGGAACAUUUGUAUUUUUUUAAGUAAAAAAAUGACAUAUUGAUGGCAUUCUAUAGUACUUUUUAAGUUUUUUUUUUAGUUUUCACAACUCUGUAUUAAUGAUAAAUUAAUAGACAAUGACAAGGUACUUCAAGAGGAAUAUGCUGGCUAAACUGGAUGACAUGCGUGUCAAUUCAUUCUGCAACCUUCUUAAAGUCAUGGAAAGAGUAAGGCAAAUUUUAAACCAAGAGGAAAUAGCUGAUUUCAGAACAACUGUGUUUGGGUGGCUGAUUGAUUUUGAUAAUAUCAGUUACGUUAGUGGACAAUUGCAGCUUGCCUUUGUAGCUAACUAUGUCAGAUAUGUCAAUGGGUUGGUUGACCAGAACGCAAUGCGAUUUCAUAUAAAGAAAAGUGUAGUAAGCUUCACAAAACAGGAUCUAGCAAUAGUUACUGGUCUGAAAUUGAGUGGGGUGAAGCCAGUUAUGUCAGAAAAACCAACUGGAGAUAUCUGGACACGAUAUCUUGGAGGAAAGACAUUAGUGACAAGAAAUGAUAUUCUAAAGGUGCUAAAUAAAUACAAAAGCACUAAUGAAGGGACAAUGAGGUAUGAUGGUGUCAAGUUAGCACUCCUGUAUGUGCUUUCACAUGGGUUCUUAGGAAAUCAAACAGCUAGGCCAAUGGAAGCUUACUACUUGAAUCUGGUUGAUAAUUUGGAGGACUUUAAAGCUUACCCAUGGGGAGAGGUUGUGUGGAAUGAGUUGCGAAGUUAUAUGAAACAAAGCUGUGAAGCAUUGGAAAACUGCACAGGUACAAGAGUUACAUUCCCUGGGUGCAUGAUUGCAUUACAAGUGUGGGCAUUUGAAACCUUUCCAAGUCUGUCAAAAGCCGGUUUAUGCAAAGUAAUAGAAGGAAGAGAAGAUAUAAUGCCAAGGACACUUAAGUGGGCGUUCCAUAAGAAACCAUCAUUGGAAGUUUUUUGUGAGCUUAUCUUCUACAAUGAGAAGUUUGAAUGGACAGAAAUUGUUCCAAUGGAGCAGGAGCUUGCACUGAUCCAAGAAGCAAACAUAGGAGAUGGACAGAAUUUGCGUAAUGAUAACAUAUAUGGUGGUAGAGUGGAGACUGAGGAAGGUGUGCAAAGAAAGAAUGGAAAUGGUGUUCCAAAGGCACAAAAAACAGUACAAAGAGGACGAAAAAAGAAGCCGAAAAGGCUAACAAAAACAGUGGAAAGUGGGAGAGGAAAUAAAGAAAUUGCUGAGCAAGGAACUUCUAAAAAAAGAAAGAAAGGUGCAAAAGAAAAGGACAGUGAUGAAGAUAGUGAUUAUAAGGGAGAGGAAACUGAGGACAACAUGGAUGACAGUGAUGUUGAAGCAGGAGGGAAUAAAAUGAUCAGAGCAAUGAGGAAGCAAAUGUCAAGAACUGCAAAAGUAAUGAACGAUGUGAAAGAAAUGAAGAAAGUUCAGAAGAAGCAAGCAGUGAUGUUAGCUAAAAUCUUUCGGAUUGUGAAUGAUCUGUCAGCAUAUGUAGUGAAUAAGCAAGAAGGAGGAAUGCCAAGACACGUGGAGAAUGUGGUAGAAGAAGAAAAUAUACCACAAAAAGAUGAGAGGGAGGAGGAAUGCCAGAAAGAUGAGGGAAAUGACAAAAGCACAGAAAACAUUGAGAAGGAGAAGAAGACUGAAAAUAGCGAAGAUGAAAAGAGUGAGACAGAAAAAAUGAAUGCAAGUGAGGAGCUAAAUGCAGGGGGGAAUGUUGAUGAGAUAGGGAGCGACAUGCCUAAUUUUAACAUAUUUGGAUUUGAAUCUCAAAAAGAAAGUGAAGAAGGAAAUCAAGAAAAGCUGAGGCCUGAAAAUGAUAUAGAAGAUGACACUGAGAUGGAAGAGCAUGGAGAAGAAAAUGAAACAGAAGACUGCAAAAAGGAAGAAGAGAAGAUAGGAGAAAAAGAACAAGAGGCAAGCACUGAGGUAGAAGAGCAGAGGGAAGAAAUCCAGACAGAAGUCAACAAUCAGGAAGGACAAAAAGGAGUAGUGAAUGAUGAGAAGCAAAUGACAAAUGAUGCAACAAGCUAUGAUAUGUGGGGAAUGGGAUCCCAAGAAAAUUCACAGUUUGUGAAAGAGCUGUGCAACAGUGUGGAUCUAAUUGAAAAAGAGGCAUUACUGAGAAAGUCUGAAGGAAAACCCCCUACAAACAUUCCUACUGUGUUGAGGGAAAAGAGAAUUGCUAAAUCACCCACAAGGUACACACCGGCAGGACAAACCGCGGAUGCUAAAAGGAGAAGGAAGGAAAAGGCAAAGAAAAGAACACACGAAGAAUUUUUGCCGCCUUCAAGAAAAAUUUAUGGCCCAUUCUCUGAAGACCCCACUGACACACCACCUGCAGAUCAAAUGCAGCGACUGGCAAACUUUUUAAGCAUUGGAAUGCUAAAAUAUAGAAAGAAGGCUGAAAAAGACAGAAGAUACAGGGCUGAUGAAGAAAAUAUGCAUGGCAUUCCGAUGUUGCUGGAUAUAAUGAAAAUUGAGUCAAAAACUUGGCUAUACAACCUGUAUUCCAAUGAGCAGUGGCUAAAUGACCAGCAUAUGGAAGUAGGAAUGUACUAUUUGAGUGUCAAAAGGCUUCAAUACAAACUCAAACAACAGUAUGCCACAAACAGAGCGUUCUUUAUACAAAUACUAAGGCGUGAACAUGAGAAAAUUCUGAAGGGUCAAGGAACUGUUCACGAAGCUGCAGAUGAUGAUGAGAUUAUGCACAGUGUGCAAGGAAGUACAUCAAAGUUUGCCCUACACUGGUGUGAUUGCCAAUUUGUGUACUUCCCUUUAAACACUGGUCAACAUUGGGUGUUACUUGUGCUGGACAUCAAGAACAGAAAGGUUAGAGUUUACAACUCUAGUUCUCGAAGGGGAGAUUCACUGAAAGAUAUCCGACCAUUCAUCCCAUGCAUCAAAGUCUUGCUUCCUAAAAUAAUGGACUACUACAAUGUGCAUGCUAAUUCUGGAGAGGAGCCAAUGGGAGGGAAAGAAUUACAAAUAGAAGCUGUAGAAAGCUGCCCACAACAGACUAACGCGGGGGACUGUGGAAUGUUUGUACUCAAGAUUGCUGAAUUCCUAAUCAUGGAUAUGGAGCUUGAUGGAAUAGAUGCUGAUGAAAUGCCAAUGUUUAGGCAAAAAAUGGCGACAGAGCUUGUUAUGUAUAGUGAAAAGAGAAUGAGUGAGGCUAAAGGAGUGCAGAUGCCAAAGUUUAUAAGGGAAUAAUGAUACAAUGACAAGAUGUGUUUCUGCAUAUGUUGCAAGACAUGUGUCAUUCAGACAAUGUGUGGUUUUAUGUCAUAAUGUUCGUUUUUUUGUGAAGUCAAUUUGGAACUAUGUGUAAUAUGCUUAAACUUUGAUUCAUGUGACUGUUUUGUGUUGGAUAAUUCAGAUUAAAUGUGAUUGUGUUUUCUAUUUCAAUAGAAUGAUAAGUGUUCUUUGAUAAUAAGAUAUAUGCAGGGAAA